AUGUCGCUGCUGCGGUCACUGCGUGUCUGUCUGGUCGCGCGGACCGGGAGCUGCCCGGCAGGGCCCCUUCCGCUGCAGUCGCCUCAGCCAUGGCACGCCUUUCACGCAGGGCACUGGCUGUCCUCGGCCUCCAGCAAGGAGCUCCUCAUGAAGUUGCGGCGGAAAACGGGCUAUUCUUUUGUGAACUGCAAGAAAGCGCUGGAGACUUGCGGCGGGGACCUCAAACAGGCGGAGAGCUGGCUUCAUGAGAAGGCCCAAAAAGAGGGCUGGAGCAAAGCUGCCAAGCUCCACGGGAGGAAGACUAAAGAAGGUCUGAUUGGGCUGCUGCAGGAAGGAAACUCCACCGUCUUAGUUGAGGUAAACUGUGAGACAGAUUUUGUUGCAAGAAACCUGAAAUUUCAACAAUUGGUCCAGCAAGUAGCCCUCGGAACCAUGUUGCAUUGUCAGAGCCUAAAGGACCAACUUUCCACUUACAGUAAAGGCUUCUUGAAUUCCUCUGAGCUCUCUGAACUUCCCUUUGGGCCUGAGAGGAAAGGCUCUCUCAAGGAUCAGCUGGCCUUAGCAAUUGGGAAACUGGGAGAAAACAUGACUCUUAAACGAGCUGCAUGGGUGAAGGUGCCCAACGGGUUCUAUGUUGGCUCCUAUGUCCAUGGAACAAUGCACAGCCCCUCACUCCACAACCUGGUGCUGGGAAAGUACGGGGCCCUGGUCAUCUGCGAGAUAUCCGAGUGGAAAGCAAACCUGGAAGAACUUGGCCGCCGCCUUGGGCAGCAUGUGGUAGGCAUGGCCCCUCUCUCUGUUGGCUCCCUGGACGAUGAGCCUGGGGGAGAGACAGAAACCAAGAUGCUGUCCCAGCCAUACUUGCUGGACCCCUCGAUCACGUUGGGACAGUAUGUGCAGCCCCAGGGCGUGUCUGUGGUGGACUUUGUGCGGUUCGAAUGUGGAGAAGAGGGAGAGGCGGCAGAGGCUGAAUAG